AUGUUCUUUUUACGUCGUGUUCAAAUCUUGAAUUCGGCCCCAGUCUCAUUCCUAUACCAAGGAGAGGAACUUCAUGCAUCACAGCCUGCAGUUGGUCUAUAUUCUGGGAAGGACAAAGCGCCAAAUCACCAGAAUGGAAUCAUGCAUUUGACUUCUCAUCGUCUCCUCUAUGUGGAUGAGGUGGAUCCUAUCAAGCAAUCUCUAGAGCUUCCUCUGUCGUACAUACGAGAAACAGAAGGCUACGCUGGCUUCUUUCGGAGCUCGGCGAAGAUAAUCUUAUAUCUGGGCUAUCCCGCUGGCGAAGAAUCCGACAAUCCUGCAGAAGAGGAAGAAGUGGAGGACAUUGGCGUUUCCUCGGCGGGAUGGAUCUGUCCAAUCUGUUCCUACGCCAAUCCUCCAGCCCUCGGUGAUUCGCGACCGAACUGCGUUCUCUGCGGAGUCCAGAAGCCAGAGACAAUUUUCACAUCGACCAUGCGUACUGAGUCGCAAACUCAACAAAGGAGGCCCCAAACGACAUGUUCACUCACUAUCAACGAAAAUAGAUCAGAGGAGACAAGCGAUGGCCUGAUACCGUGCCCUGCAUGCACAUUUUUAAACCAUCCUUACUUGACUGCCUGCGAGAUAUGUUCGACCUCCUUAAAAUCUAGCCGACCCCCCACUCGACCUGCUUCGCCCUUGCCGGACAACUUGGGUGCAAACAUGAUUAAAUUGAGCUUCAGAAAAGGUGGUGAACCGAAGUUCUAUGCUGUUCUGAAGAAAGUACUCCUUGCGAAGGGAUGGGAACUCCCGAUCAAAUCUGACGAAGACAGAUCUCGCAUGGGCAUCAAUGGAUUACUUCAAAAUGUUAAACUCGACAGCGAUGUGCAGAAUGAAGACAUGAAGGCAUCAUUCAGAGAUCUCGAGGCGUUCAUGUCGAACGCGAAGUCAAUGCUGCUGAUGACCGUGCAGGUAGACGCUGCUGAAGCUUUGAACGACAAGCUCACAGUCUAUGAACGCUCUCUGCCUUUGGGGCAGUCCAUUGAUCUCCCUGAAGAGGCGACUUUCAUUCGUUCUUCUCUAUUCCGUCUAGGACUGGACACAACCGCGCUAACCAAAGAUAUGGUUAAAGAUGAUGAGAAGUACUUUGAUGGACUCGCCAAGGAGCUUGUCAAGGUCCUUCAAGUCGGGAACAAUGGUCGCGGAGUAAUGGGCGACAAAGGAAUUCUAGGAUUGGAUGAAGUAUGGGCGGCCUGGAAUCGUGCACGUGGUGUCGCUUUGGUCCCCCCUGACUCCCUCACAGCUGUCAUUCCCCGACUAGUGACAUUCGGCAAUCCGCCUCUUACCCUCCGCAGACUCAAAUCCGGUCUUCUAACAUUAUGUACGCCGCAAUUUGAAGAUAGACAGUUUCAAGCUCGCCUAUGCGCACGUCUGAAUAGCUCUCCUGCCACCACUCUGGAGAUUGUUCGAGAGGAAUGCGUCAGCAUGGGCCUUGCGCUUGAAUUAAUCGAGAGUGUAGAAGAAGGUGGCGCCAUUGUAAGAGAUGAAUCGCCGAAUGGUGAGCUACAGUGGUGGGUGAACGAUUUCGAGAGAUUCGUUUGGGAUGGCACAUGUUUGGAGUAG